UCCUUUCCCCUCUGUCGCUGCAAUUACUCUUUGGUUUGUUAUGAUAUCCCCCCGUUUUCCUCCCGGCAAAUAGCCUGAACCCGGGGCCCCGAAUCCGGCUGCCUUAUGGCAUCAGUGCUCUUGGUUAGUAGAAAUGAGCCGUCUUGGGGGGAAAUUGAGGUCUGCGGGAGGAACGACGCCGGCAGUUAUUCUUUCAAGAGCAAUCGAAGCAUAAAUCCGAUGCUGAGUUCGACUUCGGCUGCCGGCAGGCAGAUCCAUGCCUUUGAUCUGUCUGCUGACAACCAUUUUAGACCCGCGUUUGACCCGACCCGGAAGGCUUUGGGGUUAAGCGAGGGGCUAGAGUCAUAUUUCGGAGGCCGUGUUACCUUCAACCUCAGUGCGUUUGGGAGGGGUGAGAUUAAGAAGCUUAAACAACGGCUGAUUUUGGAGCUUGAACAGAUCCGUGUCUUAAGGAAUCGGAUCGAAUCUGGUGACCUUGAAGCCCUAUCUGUUUACCCGGCUUCUCAGGUUUCCGCCACCGGACCACAGCCGCAGUAUCCCGGCCAUGUUGCAGAUCCGCCUAAAAGUAACGACAAGAAAAAGAAAGGCUCCGGGACAAAACGGGGCAACCCGUUUGGUACCGGGAAAGAUCCGACCCCGAAACGGCCCUUGGUCGAGUUGCCGGUGAUGGAGAAGAUGGUGGCGAGCAUGAUGAGGAGGUGUGGCCAGAUCUUGAGUAAAUUGAUGAAGCACAAAUUUGGGUGGGUCUUUAACACCCCGGUGGACGUGGUGGGGUUAGGGCUCCAUGAUUAUCACCAGAUAAUUAAGCAUCCAAUGGAUCUCGGCACCAUCAAAAUGAGGCUCGAUGGCAAUGGUUAUGAAUCACCGGUUGAUUUUGCGGAGGACGUGAGAUUGACAUUUAACAAUGCCUUAACUUACAACCCUAAGGGUAGCGAUGUGAAUACCAUGGCGGAGCAUUUAUUGGCUCAGUUUGAGCAAAUGUUCAAUCCUGCAUUUAAUAAAUUUGAGAAUGAGAGGCGCAAAAUCUUCAAGGAAGAAACGCCAAGGCUGCAGAAUGCAGUUGUUAUGGUCGACGAGACUGCAAGGAGAGGGCCCGAUCCAAUGUCUAUUGUGAAGAAACCGGAGGCUGAAUUGGCUGUUCCUUUGGUGGGGGUGAGAGUGGGAAAGUUGCCAAAGCCAAAGGCGAAGGACCCAAACAAGAGGGAGAUGACGUUGGAGGAGAAGGCGAAGCUGGGGUCGUGUUUGCAGGAGUUGCCACCAGAAAAGAUGACCCAGGUUGUACAGAUUCUGCGCAAGAGGAAUGGGCAGUUGGCUCAGGACGGGGAUGAAAUUGAGCUCGACAUCGAGGCAAUUGAUACUGAGACGCUCUGGGAGCUUGACAGAUUUGUGGGCAAUCAUAGGAAGAUGGUCAGCAAGAUGAGGCGCCAAGAGCUUAUGCAGAAUCAGGUGUCCACCGCUCAAAUAGAUGAGUCUCCAAGGAGUGAAGUGGCAGAAGCAGCACAGAGAAUCAAAAAAGGGGAAGUUGCUGGUGGGGAAGAAGAUGUUGACAUUGGCGAUGAAGUUCCUGUGGUGAAUUAUCCUCCCGUGGAGAUUGAGAAGGAUGAUGCUAAUGGACCUGUUGGUGGCAGGUCUAGCAGCUCCAGUGGCUCCAGUUCCAGCAGUGGUUCCUCCUCUAGUGGUUCUGAUUCAGGGAGCUCCUCCGAGAGUGACUCUGAUGCCGAUAGCGUUCAGUCACCUUUUGUUGGUUGAUUCUGAACAAGCCUUCCAUCUAUUGAAAGCAUCUGGGUAUGCAUUCCAAACUUGGUUUAUCCGAGAGAAGUAUGAUCUUGCUAGAGACUAUUGGGUAUCCAAGUUCUUCUUUGCUUUGUCUUGCCCCUUUCAGUGACAAGAUCGGCUGGCCGAUUUUGGUUGGAAGGUUUUUCAGGUGAAGAGAAUGCUUUGGCAGAACGUGUACAAAGAGAGGAGUUUCUGCUAUUGUAGAGCAGCAGAUGGUGAAGAGGAGGAGUGAGGUGGGUAAGUGGAUGGAUUAAUUAGAACUAGAGAUUUAGGUUUGUAGGCAGUAGGAAGUGGGGAGUGAAACAGGAUGAAAAUGGGGGCAUUGGGGUAAAUUUUGUAGCAUACAAGACGCCACCUCUUGAUUUUCACGGUGGUGGAGAAGCAAAAGCAGGAAACAUGUACAGAGACUAAUCAAUCAUCAAAGAAAAA